CAGCGGAGCAUUGCUGGCUGUUCUCGCUCCCACAACCGCCAGAAGCACUGAGGCCGGCGCAAUUGAGCUGAUCGACAUGGGAAUCAGCUCGGCUGCUUGGAGCCUCUAUGCUGGCACCGAAUUUCCCAAGCGCUAGGAUCCGGUUACUGACAUCUCACCUGAAAUCUACUUCCUUCAUUCUUUCUGGGAGUUUGUAGAUGUUUCUGCGUCAGGAAGUGAUUUCAUAUUCGGCCUCGGAGAACGGAGCCAGUCGGACAAAGCAGAGAGCAGGAAUGGUUUUGUGUAUGGGUAAAACUUACCUAAUCCCUAAGUUAAUCACUCUGAAAGACAGAGAAAUCUAAGCCUGAAGAGAUGGAGUCAGAGAAAAAACAGCCACGAAGAUUGAUUCACUUUUCAAAUGGAGACAUCAUGGAGGAAUACAGCACCGAAGAGGAGAGCGAGGAGGAACAUAAAGUGUUAGAGAGAGUUGAUCCUUCCUCUCUUUCCUGGAGCCAUUUCCUGGUGUUCUGGGUGAUGAAGGUUGCAAGGACAUCAUUAUUCACCUGUGACUUUCUUGGAGAAAAGCUGGCCAAUCUAUUUGGAUUGACAUCAGCCAAGUACCAAUAUGCAGUAGAUGAAUACUACAGUGUUCGAGACCAGGAAGGAUGUGAAGAUGGUGAUGAAAUGACAGUUGUGGAGGAUGUAAAAAUGAAUGAGAGACAGCAUCUUCCACUCCAGAAUUUUCAAUAUGGUACUUUAGACACGGUGGAGCGAUCAGGAAUUGCAAGCAGUGAAGACUGCAAAUACACUGUACACCAUAAAAAUGAAGCAAUUGAAGAUAAUGCAGAUAUUGAUGAUCAGAUAAAGAUGAACAGCAACUAAUGAUCAAUCAUUGAUUACUUCCUUUGCUGAAAACUUGUUUAUAGUGUGAUAUGAACACAUACAGUCUCAAUGUAAGGUUCCCACUUGCUUUUACCCUUCUGUCUUCUGUGUUGAGGUUCUGAUGUAGCAGGUUAUGUUCUGUGGUACACCAUCCUCCAAUGCCUCAUUGCCAUCCUUCAUGCUGGAGCCUAAUAGUUAUUUCAAGGGAAUGUGAUGGCCUGGUACUAUUAUCGCUGGAUUGUUAAUCCAGAAACCCAGCUAAAGUUCUGGGGGCUCAGAUUCCACCAUGGCAGAUGAUGGAAUUUGAAUUGAAUUUUUAAAAAUCUAUAAUUAAAAGUCUAAUUGUUGGAAAACCCCAUCUAGUUCUUUCAGGAAGGAAAUCUGCCAUCCUUACCUGGUGUGACGUACAUGUGACUCCAGACCCACAGCAAUGUGGUUAACUCUCAACUGCCCUCUGAACAAUUAGGGAUACACAAUUUUGCUGGCCUUGCCAGCGAUGCCCUCAUCUUGUGAAUGAAUAACAAGAAAAGAAUAACCAGCAAGCUGUUAACCUACAAAAGGCCUCACAGCUGACCCUGCCCUCAACUAGUGCUCAGAUGGGCAUUGUUACUGGGUACAGUUCGGGAAUGGGAGUUCUGAUAUUCUUUACUACUCCUGGACUGAAGAGGAGGGCAAAAGGUCUGUAAACUGCACUUAUCAUUUGUUUUGCAGCCGAGAUCAGCACAAAUAUUGAAUUGGAAUGUUGCUGGUCUGUGAAGCGCAGGUAGCCUCUGUAUAGUUCAGAUAUCUACUGACCAGUUACUCAGCUAAUCUUCAGAAAUAACCUGGGAUGCUAAUGCCAGCUAAUCAUUUUGUUUUUUGAUCAACAAAAAGUGUUUGACCUAAAAGAAAUUCAGUUUUAACAGUCCACACAGAUAGGAGAUUCUGCUUUCUUGAUAUGAAAGUCAGGCAUACCCUCCUCCUCUUGAUCAUAACCUGCUGCUUCAUGUCCAAAAGCUUAAGAAUAAUGUCCUGCUGAAAUGUAACCAGCUAACCUAUGCAGCAUACCACCAGGGCCUUUGGCUUGCUGCUGCUUUUCCUUCCAAAAACACCCUGCACAUGUUUGUUUGGUUAUCUGCAACUGAAUUAUAAGAAUCAACAACUUGUAUUCGUGUACUACCUUUGAUGUAAUAAAACAACCAAAGACAGUG